CAAAUUAUAUUUUUGAUCAUCAUCGGCAACUAUGUGAUCGACAGUAUGGUCUUAGAAGAGAGCGAUAUGCUGCUGAUUUCCUGCUAAAUCUUUCCAGUAAGUGGCAUAAGUCACUGGCUGAGUCCAUGAUCAGCCGUGUUGUUGCUCUCAUAGCAGGAGCCUUUGAUCGGGUCUGGCAAUCUCGAUUAAUAGUGAAGCUUCAAGCACUAGGCAUCUCAGGCUCCAUAUUAGACCUAAUAAAGGACUACGUUCAAGAACGUACUCUAAGAGCAGUCCUCAGUGGAGCAGAAUCCAGAAACCACUCAAUUGGUGCCAGUGCACCACAGUGCUUGGCCUUCUGA